CUCCACCACCCUCCACCACCUUCCAAUCUCACUCUCACUCUCUCACUCUACACGCUAGUGUUUGUUUGUCUCUCUCUGCGCUGGAGCCAAAAAGAGAAAGCAGAGCAGGAUAUGAAAAUGGCGAGCCUCUCACUCUCCUCCACGUCACCACAGACUUUCUCUCUUUACAGCAUCAGGAGCAGCACCAAGUUCUCCGUCUCUCAACCAAGGCCGGCCAAGCUCUCUAGUCUUCUUCUUGCUCGCACCUCCAGCUCACUCCACUAUAACCCUCUCAGAGUUUCGAUUGGUGGAAAUAAUGAUCUCGGGGUGCUGAAGAAGAAGAAGAAGAAGGGCAUGGGAUCGGGUGCGGUAUGUUACGCUGCACCUCUCACUGUUCAUACCCUCCAGUGGAUCUCCACCAUUUCUUCUGCGGUUCUACUGCUUGCAAAAGGCACUGCUGUUCAAAAAUCAUUUCUUGUUCCAUUGUUUGUUCUACAAGCACCAUCCGCUGUAAUCUCAUGGUUUAAGGGCGAAUAUGGUAUCUGGACUGCAUUCUUAGCACUUCUUGUUCGUCUCUUCUUCUUUAUUCCUGCCGAACUUGAGUUGCCAUUGGUAGCAUUACUCCUGGUGAUUGUGGCUCCUUACCAAGUUACGAACAUAAGGGGAAGACAAGAAGGUGCUAUUAUUUCACUGGUUAUUGCAGCGUAUUUGGCUUUCCAGCAUUUCUCACGAAUAGGAACCUUGCAGAAAUCAUUUGACCGAGGUUCAAUUGUUGCUACCUUAGCCAUAAUUUCUAUCACUGCUGUGUCAGGCCUUCUCCUGUUCUGAGUUUAUUGUAAAAUAAUAAAGAGUUAUCAACCAUAUGCCUUAUGAACUCAUCUGAAGGGGGUGGAAGCCUAAGAACAGUCAUGAUCUACGAACCUUUCAUUCUCAUGUUAGAUAUAUGUGUGAGAGUUUAGGAAAGCUUGACAGAUACAAUAAAAUAAAUAAAGUUCUCAGUAUUUAUUCAUGUUUUGUCAAUAUAAGGAAAUCUUGCCAA